GUUUACGAGUGUUACUCUGCAAUCUGUCCGGGUCGAAAAAUGUCUGGUUUCAGCCCCGAGCUGAUCGAUUACUUGGAGGGAAAGAUCUCAUUCGAGGAAUUUGAACGGCUCCGGGAGGAGAGGAAAGCCACAGAGAAGGAAGCUAUUGGUGAUGGAGUGACUGAAGAUGAAGCAGAAAUCACCGCAGUCGAAGAUCAGGAUGGCCCUUCCAGGGCCUCUCACAGCCGAACCAGGCAAAAGUCGAAUGAUUUAGAGGAAACCCCUGAUGGUGUUAGCAAGUCUGUCCAUCGGGUUUUUGCUUCAAUGUUUGGUGAUCAUGUAAGUGAUGAUGACGAUGAUGAGGAACAGGAACAAAGUGAACAGCUGUCUGCUGGAGAAAUUUUUGCCUUGGAAAUGGAGCUACACCGCGAACAUAAGAAAAUGCAGAGGGAGAGGCGUCCUCGAAGUAAACUCCCUAAAGCUUUGAGAGGUCUCAUGGGAGAAGCUAAUAUUAGGUUUGCACGAGGAGACCGAGAAGAAGCUGUGAUGAUGUGUAUGGAAAUCAUUAGACAAGCUCCUCUUGCCUAUGAGCCCUUUUCCACUCUUGCGAUGAUUUAUGAAGAUCAAGGAGACAUGGAGAAAUCACUGCAGUUUGGACUAAUUGCAGCUCAUCUGAAUCCAAGUGACCCAGAGGAGUGGGUGAAAUUGGCUGAAAUGUCCCUUGAGCAAGACAAUAUCAAACAAGCUAUUUUCUGUUAUUCAAAAGCCAUAAAAUACGACACAACAAAUGUACGGUACUUGUGGGAACGUUGCAGUCUCUAUGAGCAGCUGGGUGAACACAAACUAGCUAUGGAUGGUUAUAGGCGCAUCCUGAAUAUUCUGCCGCCUACUGAUGGGGAGCAUUUUAUGCAGUUGGCCAGAGAUAUGGCAAAAAGCUAUUAUGAGACCAAUGAUAUUACAUCAGCCAUUGGUGUGAUGGAAGAGGCUCUCAGCAAACAUCAGAACCUGGUUUCUGCUGAGGAUGUUAACAUGGCAGCUGAAUUGUAUCUGUCCAGCAAGCAAUAUGAUAAAACUUUGGAGGUUAUAACUAAGUUUACUGAAGUUGUGGUUGAAAAAGUUGCCAUCAAACAAGAUCUUUUGGAAGAAUCUGCGGAGGAUAUUACUUACAACUGUCAGAUCCCAGAAGCCGUCCCCAUAGACAUUCGAGUCAAGUUGAUAGUGUGUUUGAUCCAUCUCCAUAUCCUCAAGCCUCUUGAUCUUUUGAUGACAAACUUAAUGGAACAGAACCCUGAAGAAAUGGGAGAUCUUUAUUUAGAUGUAGCUGAAGCUUUUCUAGAGAUUGGUGAAUAUAACUCUGCAUUGCCCCUUCUGAGUGCCCUCGUCUGUUCGGAACGGUACAACCUUGCAGUUGUUUGGCUUCGUCAUGCAGAGUGUCUGAAAGCCUUGGGACAUAUGGAGCUUGCAGCAGAGAGUUACACCAAAGUGGUGGCAAUGGCACCUUUGCACCUGGAUGCACGUAUUUCCUUAUCAACGUUACAACAACAACUAGGGCGACCGGAGAAAGCUCUUGAGGCUCUGGAAUCAAUGCACGAUCCUGAAACUCUAGCGCAUGAUGCAAAUGCAGCUCAACAGGAACUGAAGUUGUUACUCCAUCGCUCUACCUUACUCUGUUCCCAAAAAAAGUUGCCAGAUUAUGUGGAUGCUUUACUCGCAAUGCUAGCAAUGCUUUUAAAGGUCGCAAUGAGCAGAGCGCAAGUUUCAUUGGUUUCAAGUUCCAAAAGUGGGGAAAAGCACCUAUAUCUUGUAAAGGACUUGAGAGAUAAAAUUAGUGAUAUCGAUGAUCAGGAAGCUGCAUAUUUGGAUGUUAAAGGGAAAACUAGUGUACUGAAUAAGGAUGACUGGUGGAAUUUAUUGCUAAAAGCUAUUUACACAUUAUGUGACCUCAAACGUUUCAAAGAAGCUGAACUCUUGGUUGAUUCUUCGUUGGAAUACUACUCAUUUUAUGAUGAUCGGCAGAAACGGAAAGAGUUGGAAUACUUUGGCCUGUCUGCUGCUGUUCUGGAUAACAACUUCAGAAAAGCGUAUAAUUAUAUCAGGGUUAUGGUGAUGGAAAAUGUGAACAGACCUCAACUGUGGAAUAUCUUUAACCAAGUUACUAUGCACUCUCAAGAUUUGAGGCACCACCGUUUUUGCCUGCGACUAAUGCUAAAACACCCAGAUAACCAUGCACUCUGUGUACUUAAUGGACACAAUGCUUUUGUGGCUGGAAGCUUCAAGCAUGCUUUAGGUCAGUAUGUUCAGGCUUUCAGAAUUCAACCUAAUGAACCCUUAUACAGUCUGUGUGUGGGCCUAACCUUUAUUCAUAUGGCAUCUCAGAAGUUUGUUUUAAAACGGCACCCUCUUCUGGUGCAGGGAUUCUCCUUUCUGACACGGUACAUGGAACUUCGAGGGCCCUGCCAAGAAGUAUAUUAUAACAUAGGACGUGCAUUACAUCAGCUGGGUCUUGUCCAUUUUGCAAUUCAUUAUUAUGAAAAGGCAUUGGAGCUCCCACCUCUUCAAUUAGAGGGAAUAGAUGAUGAUCAAGUUGAUUUAAGACGGGACAUCGCAUAUAAUCUCUCACUAAUUUAUCAGAAUAGUGGAAACAUUGAUAUGGCCCGAAAACUUAUAUAUACUCAUUGUGUUGUAUAAUGAGCGAAACUCCAUGUCGAAUUGUCCAAUGCAAAUUGAGAAUAUGUUUAAAGAGUAAAAAUUAACUUGCAUCUUUUCUUUAUUAUCCAAAAGUGAACGUGUAUCAUUUUAUUGUAAAUAAUCUU